GCAGCACAACAAUACUUUUAACAAGAAAACAAAUAAUUCUAAUGAAAACAAAGGUAAACGGAACGGUGGUACGAGGAGCGUACACGCACGGCCGAACAGAAAUAACGAGGAAAAUAGUAAACAGGUACAAAACGAGCACUUGGACACGAAUGGAACUAAAGUGCUAAAAAAAUGGUAAUAAUACUGCGAGUACUGAUGGUGGAGCAGCGAAAAGAGAGGUGAGUGACGGGUUAUUCGGCGAAAAAAUGAACGGAGCACGCGAAGAAGUGAAUGGUAUGCCCGUAGAUGAAGAAGUGAAUGACAGCACCAUUCUCAAUGAAACUAUGCAUAAUAAUAUUUUGCGUAAUCAGAUUAUGCAUGGUGAUCGUUCUAGAACAGAAUUAAGAAAUAUAGAAAGUAUAAAUAGAAGCGGGCGCAUCGAUGAAAGGGUGUGUCUGAAGGUACGUGAAAGGGUGGUUCAGACUAAAACAGGGGAUGGCAACCAGAAUAAAACAGGGGACGAUGCGGGUGGUUUAUGUUAUGAAGAGAGCGUUGAUCCAAACGAUAAGGGAAAUAAGAAUGGAGGAACCGAGAGGAAGGAGUGCGAUGAGGGAACAAAUAGGAAGAAUACGAGACGAACAGCUAAUAACAGAAUAGGUGAUAAUAAACCGUUUUACGGUAACAGAGGCGGAUACGCGGAUGACGUACGCGAUAACAGGGGCAGAUAUGAUAGGGAUGCGAGGAACAAGGGGAGUGGUUUAGAUGAAAGUAGGAGAAAAUAUGACAGGAGCAGAUGCUAUGAUGAUGGUGUAAAUUAUAGUGAUGGAAGUGCAGUGAGAAAUACACGGCCAUACAACGGUACGGACGGGCUGUCUGGUGGUAGAAGGGAUGAUACACGAAACGUAAAGGACGAGCAUUUACACGGGUGCAAAAGUACGAUGGAUAGUUCAUCUCUGGUCAAUGAUGGGGGGCGUAAGCCGAGGGAUCGAAAGCCUUUUGUCGGCAGGGAUGGAAGGAACGUAAACAGCAGAUCGGAAAUGGUUUCAUCAUCAAGUGGUGAGCGGGAAGGGACUGAAGCAGAGUAUGGAACAAUGGGAAGCACAAGCAAAGCAAGAAGUGACGAGUUGAUCAUGAACAAGGAAAGAGAUUCGCAAAUUGGUGGAAAUACUGAGGUAGAACCCGGUAAUUUUAAGAGAAAUGUUAGUGAAACAGGAGAAGGUACGGGGGACACUGCUACGCUCUCAACGAGCACUUUUACAUCGAGUUUGACCGACAGCCUGUCAAAUAACGAUGUGCCGACCAAAUCAACGGAACAGAACCACAAAAACAGGAUGAUGAGGAAACUGUUCAAGAACCUGCAACUGGCCGAAGAGAAGUACGGCAUCGAUGUUCUAAAGGAGUACAAAAACAUAAAAAGAAGCGAUGAUGUGAACGAGUUCAAGGAAAUGACGUGGGAUAGCCUGGGACUGGACAAGCGCAUUAUACAAGCACUAGACAGCUUGGGGUACAAGUAUCCCUCACCGGUGCAGAAGCAGGUUCUGAGCACCAGCAGGAACAACCUUGUGGUCAGAGCAAAGAACGGAACGGGCAAGACGCUGGCGUACUUGCUUCCCAUACUGAACAGCAUUUUAAAAUCGGAAGAGAACGAAAAGGUAAAAACGAUUAUUUUGGUUCCUACACGAGAACUUGCCAUGCAGGUGGCAAAGGUGGCCAAAAGAUUGGCAACACAUUUUGAUAAAAGCGCAGUUUUGAUGCCAUCGUACGGCGGAUCGAAUCUGUACGAGGACAUAAUACGAAUCAAGGCCGGUAUUGACGGCAUCAUAAGCACGCCUGGGCGUAUUUUAGAUCUGAUAGAGCGGCAGGUGCUGCUGUUGGGCAGUGUAAACGAUGUGAUACUGGAUGAAGCGGACAAGCUCCUAUCGUUGGAGUACAAAGAUACUUUGCGAAAGAUACUGCGCAACAUAAAUUACAGAAAGAGCGUUUACAAUCUAAGACUGUUCUCGGCAACGUUUCCUCUGCCUGUGAACGAUUUUGUAGAGCGCAACAUGAAGAACGUGCUGUUCAUCAAUCUGAUGAAGGAGAGCUGUCUCUUGGCACUCAAGCAGUUCUACUGCUGUGUCAAAACGGAGUAUAAGUUGCACUGCCUCAUCACAUUGCUACGCAAGGUGAAAUACACACAAACAAUCAUUUUCUGUAAUAGAACCAAAACAGCAGAACUGCUUGCCUAUAGAAUUACUGAACUGGGGUAUUCGUGCUACUUCUUAUCCGGUAAAAUGACACAAGACGAGCGGAACACCAUAUUCUACUCGUUCACCAACCUAAAGAUAAACAUUUUGGUGUCCACCGAUCUGACAACGCGUGGCAUAGAUGUGCCAGGCAUUAACCUUGUUAUAAAUUUUGAUUGGCCCAGAACAAUAGAAAGCUACCUGCACAGGAUAGGACGGGCGGGUAGGUUCGGAACUAAGGGUAUCAGCAUUAGCUUGGUAGGUGAUGAUGAGAGAAAGGAGGUUGUAAGGGUGGAGAGUGCUCUGAGCUGUGAGUUGUUGCCAGUGAGUGAUCCAAGCUUUAACGAGUAUUGCCGAUGAGUGAUCGGUUUUGUGGAUGAGGAUGAAGUAAAGGUGUUUUUAUUUAGGUGGUUGUACGGUUGUGAUAGGAUUAGAGGGUUGUGAUAGGAUUGUACGUUGUAAUAGGAUUAGAGGGUUGUGAUAGGAUUGUACGUUGUGAUAGGAUUGUACGGUUGU